AUGGCGGACGAAGUAAACAAAGGCGAACGUGAAGACAGAGUUGAUGAACGAAAGAUUGUUGCUGAAUUCUGUCAUCUUUUGGAAAAAUCACGGACACUAUUCAAUUCUUUAAGGGAUUUGCCGCAGUUUGGAAACAAGCAUUGGCAGUCACACUUUGGGAAAACUUUUGAUGUUUACACACGGCUAUGGAAAUUUCAGCAGCAACACAGGUCCAUCCUUGAUGAUAAGUACAAUUUAAAAAGAUGGCAAAUUGGGGAGAUAGCUUCCAAGAUUGGACAACUUUAUUAUCAUUACUACCUAAGAACCAGUGAAGCCAAUUAUCUUCGCGAGUCAUUCUCUUUUUAUUCUGCGAUACGAGAUCGCGCAUAUUACAGUCAAGCAAGCAAAGAAGAAAAGCCUGAUCUGAUGGUGAAGAAGCUACGCUACUAUGCACGGUAUACAGUAGUUUGCCUUCUUCUGAACAAGAUGGAGCUUGUCAAAGAAAUCAUUUCGGAACUCAAUCAUUACGUGGAAGAGUACGUUGAUGUCUACGAUGCAGAGGACGAUGAAGAGUGGAGGCUGGUGAUCAGCGAGGUUACAUCCUUUGUUCAGGCUGACAACCUUCUUUCCGUCAUGACUCCCGAUGUCCUUCCUGUUUUCCUGUCUCAUCGAUUGAAACCAAACGAGACCUUAUCUACGACGAUACCAACAGCCAUCUCUGGUGGAAGUAGUCUUACAUUACAGGAAAUAAUCAUCAUUGGAAACUGUGAAAAACAGGUAAAGUUCAGCGAACUGACGCUGGACAUGUUUCGUAUGUUACAAGCUCUAGAACGAGAGCCGGACGACUCUUCUCCACGAACCCUCGUAACACCGUCCUCUACUACAGACCUACAGCACGAGAAGGCUGCCUUAGAAAACAGCAGUUCUAGUCGUCCUAAUCCUCACAAGUAUCUUCUGUAUAAACCUACCUUUGCUCAGCUGCAUGUCUUCUUGAGCGUUGGAUUUAAGGAGCUUCCCACCAAUGGAGUCAUGUUGGUUUACGUGUCGGGUGACGCAUGCGCACCAGCACCAAAGUCAGGCCUGGAAGGUACGUACGAGGAAGGUGGAGUUUUAACCUACAACAAGAAAACUGAUGAUGAUAAUCCUUCCAAGAGGCGGGCAGUUUUCAAGGAAGUUAACUGUCUGUAUCCAGAAGAUCUUAUACCGUUUACUCGUAAACCUUUGGUGAUUAUCAUCGACUGCUCAAACAGCCAGGCAUUUAAGGUAUGAAAACGCACAAACAACCAACCUAUCUGUGUCACUUUUAAAUUCUCACAUUCUCCUUUAGAACUGAAUCGCAAGGGCAGUCUCUUCACACUAUUCCUCCACAGCCCUCUUCUUGCAUUCUGUCACGUGUGCAGUGUCUCGAACCUUCGCAGUGACUUAUGGGAAGACUGUCAACGUCAUGUACGUCGCGUCAUGACGGAUAUCUUACGAGUUUUACACGACUGGUCUCGUGCUGUAGAUCUUUCUUAUUUGAAGCUUUUAGAAGACGAUUUUUUGAAGAUGAUGGUGCUGCGCUAUAUCUUCUGUUUUUAUGCGAUGCAUCUACAUCGAGCUUUCAAAGGUUCUGAUUACUACCCAAAGUGCUUCCCCAAACUUCCAUCCGAGAUUCUAAUCAAUGGAGGCAUCGAAAAACAAAUCCUAGAACUGGCGUCCAUGUUGGAUGUCAGGAGCCUGUUUUAUGAAGUAGGAGAUGCGCCGCCUUUUGACUAGAUAUCGACCUCUCUUUUGCCAGGGUCACGUGAUCCUUCUAUCAGAUGUCACGCGCCUGUUUAAAAUUUGACACGUGAUUCUCAGAUGAAUCACGUGUACAUAUCAAAAUAUACCACGUGAUAUACUACGUGGGAUUCAUAAUUACCACGUGAUAUCUUUAAUUGAAUCACGUGUACAUAUCACAAUACAGUAUAUACCAUGUGAUAUAUCACGUGGGUUCCAUAUUUGCCACGUGAUAUCUUCAGAUGAAUCACGUGUACAUAUCAGAAUAUACCGCGUGAUAUACCACGUGGGUGCUAGAAUUGAAUGGGGAAAAAAAGAAUGUAGAAUUUUUUUGAAUGUAAUAAAUCAAUUUUCAAAGCACUGUUUGUUCUGGGAAUACCUUU